AUGUCUGAUGGUGCCUCUAACAUAAUUAGCAUCCAAAUAAAUGACGGGAGCGAAUCGGUGCCUCCAAAUGAGCAAGACAGAGUAACGAAAACGAGCUCGAUUGGCAAAAUGGUGGAGCAUGAGGACGACAAAGAAGAGACACCACAGUAUGGACGAUGCUACAGCGAUGUUAGUGGCUAUUUACCCCCCGAGUCGUUUUCUCGAUUUGGGAGCAUAAGCGGCACAAAUGAGAACCUCUACUGGAGUGGCAAAAGUUACAACGAUGUUGAUGAGGCUACCGACGGGGGAGGCACUUCCCCAAAUGCGACCUCUGCUGAUGAUACUUCUGCCGACGCUGCUUCUGCCGAUACUGCUUCUUCCCAUGGUACUUCUCCCGAUGGCACUUCCGCUACAGCUGAUCAAGCGGCCUACCCAAAUGGCAAUGACGCGAAGAAUCGGCCCAACCAGCGUGGAAGCGAGAAUUUAAAAACGCACAGCCUUGGCCUAGGACUCCGAAAUAGCAAUAAAAACAGCUCUCCCAAAAAGGAGAUAAAAAACGUCAUGGGGUAUAACUACUUCACACUUAGACAGCAAAUGAUGAAAGCAGAUGACUCGAAGAUUUUAAAAAACCUCCCCCUUAGUAUAUUUGUGGGGACGUGGAACUGUGAAUACUUUGACUUCUCCAGGGAGUGUCACAACGAAAAGAAAAGGUCCACAUCUGACUACCUUAGCGAAAACUGCAAUGAGAACGUGUAUUCUUUAAAGGCAAACGAUCGGUACUCGGUUAGAUCAGUGACCCCUGUCUUGAGAGUUAAAGGGCUGGACAAUUAUAAUAACAUAGGAGGGUCCUCUACCGUCGAGACUUUUUCAACUGCUGAUGACAGCAGUGCACAUUACGCGUAUGAGGGGAUCUUCGAUCGACAGAUAAAAACUCCGCAGGAAGAGAGGAAAAGACAUCAAAGCGACCUCCCCAGCCUACGAGUCAUCCCAUGCAACGAUAUCGAAGCGGGGAAAGUAUCAACGAGUAGUCUCAACCAGUUAGACAAUACACGGAUCACACAGGGGGACGAUUCCACGUAUGACGUGGGUAAUUGGCAACAGAGCGCAAAUUUCUGUAAAGGUGGAAGGAGCAGCAGCGAGUGCAACGAUAAGAAGCUGCGUAGAUCACUCCAAGAUGUAGGCAUGACCAAUGAGAGAAUCAAAUCGAAAAGUCAACCCACACAAGGAAUCACCAAUAGAAGCACAUGGGUUAAAAGAUUAUCACACUACGACUUUCAAAAGGAAGGCUCUCAAUCAAAUGAGUGCAACACUUAUUGCAUAUCUCACAACCGGAAGAAGGUAGUUAGCGAAACGCCAACGAUGGGGGUCCCAAAGAGAGUCCAGGCAGGCGAUCCGCCAACAGCACAGAUGGAUAAGUCAGGCAGAUCACAGAUAGAUAAACCGAGACGAAGCCAAAUAGAGAAGCUGAGAAGAGUGGAUCUUAAAGACACGGAGAACAACAACUAUAACCUUUUCCAACUAAGGGAAAAUAGUUCCAAUAGGAGGACAUCUAAAUCGAGAGAGAAACAAGUAUUCUCUACUUGGAUUCAACCCCACUACGACAUCUACAUCAUAUGUCUACAGGAGUCCAUAUCUGAUAACAUCAUCGAGUGUUUAUCUCACCAUCUGAAGGAAAUAAAUCAAGAGACGUACAAAAUUUUACCAUUGACUGAUUGCAAGCUCUCUGGAUAUGGGGACGGAGCGUUUCUUCAAAUGAAAUCCACCACGAUGGCUGCCUGGGUGAGGACAUCAAAGUUGUAUCCAGAUGGCCCCGUAAAAUUAUGCGCCUCCAAAUCUAUCGCCUUUAGCAAGAUAAAUAAUAGCAAAGGGUGUGUAUCAAUCCUGUUUAACAUUUUUAAUCAAUUCAUUUUAUUUAUCGGUUGCCACAUGCCAGCAAAGGAUCAGGAGAUAAGACAGAAAUCUAGAGAAUUCAUUCUUACCAAACUAAGUGAACAUUUCAGUAACAAAGUUACCUCCAACUUUAAAGACGUUUUUCAUCAUGUCAUUUGGAUGGGAGAUUUCAACUUUAGGGUUCAAGGGAUACGCCUAGAUCGAGCGGUACAUUGCUUACAGACGAACAAUUUGAAGGAGCUCCUAAAAUAUGAUGAGGGGAGCUCUCCCUACUCAUAUGAUUUGUCCAUAAGCUUUCAGGAGCUACCCAUCUGCUUUCUCCCCACUUAUAAGAAAAACGGAAAUCGGCCCGUUAUCAACCGGGAUGAUGCCAACUGGGUGCAGAAGGAAUACAAGCUCGUCCACAACAUCAAGUGGUACAAGGGGGGCCGGCAGGAGUCCCGCAUCCCCUCGUGGACAGACCGCAUCUUCAAAUGGUCGUGUCAUAAAACCAGAAGCUGCCUCAUCUUCGUGCCCAACUCCUACCUGUCGCCACUACCGAAGGAGCAAAGCAUCCUCAUGGCCAGCGACCACAGUCCCGUGUCUUGCUGCUUCCAAAUGUACAUGAUGAAGAACGAAAGGGAAAUCCCUUUGACGAAGGUUACACUUGCCAAGUCGAUCGAGGGUUCUCUCGCCGAGUAUUCAUAA